AUGUAUCGAUACGCGUCGAGUGCUGCAGCGGCAGGGUCGCACCGCUUGUUAUUUCCGCGACAUAGCGCCACGACUUUUAUUCACAUGUCAGCAACAAAAACAACAAACAGUAAUGGUGGCAUCAAAUGUACAAGUAGUGAAUGCAGGGAAUGUCCCCGGUGUAAUUCCAUGAGAAGUUCAAGGGUGGCCACCAUUGUGCCGUUGUUAAGUUGCGCCCCAUCGAUCCUUCGCCACAGUAACUGCUGCUACGGUAGUUUCUCUCAUCACCAUCAUUACGGUAUCAUCGCCAAUAAAAGCUGCGGUGACGUUAUUUAUGGGAGCAAUGCCGUGGCCUUCCACAUGCAGAGACGCGGCUUCCGUCGGGAGCUUUGCGAGGGGCCAUUAGACCUCAAAGCUGGCGAACGCUCGGCUCGUAAAGGCCCUCCUGUAGCUCACAGUCUCCCUGUUUAUAAAACCGCCCACAAAUUAAAUCACAGCGUGCGCUGGAAAAAUGCAAAUCUCAUCACUAAUGUGGCGGGUGGAAAAGACUACCGCCUUCGUGAGACGCAAGGGGAGGGCACUUUUGAUGAGUCCGGCAUGUACCGCGACUGGCUCUACGGUGACGAACGGCGCUAUGCGAAUUACAUUGGUGUGGUGCUGGGUGUGUUGAGCAUCUCACUGUUCCUGUACACAAUGCGAGUGAUGGGAGCCGAAACUUGGGAUAUUCCAACUCCUGUACUCGCCGCACAGCGUAAGAAGCGGGCAGCUGCAUUGCCAGAGGGCGGUGAGGGAAAGGAAGAAAAUUUGGGUGCUGGUGAAAACAACGCGAGCGGUACAGCUGAACUACAAAUAGGAGAAGAUGCUUUAGCCAUGCUGAAGAAGCCGGCAGUGGUGUCGAAAGCGGCAUUGGUAACAGCAAAGUAA